CGCGGAGGCGCAGGCGGGGCGCGAGCGGGGCGAGUUGCUCGGCGCCUGCCCGGCCCGGGUCUCGUUCAGCGGCCGCCACGACCAUGGCAGGAAAAGCCCACAGACUAAGUGGAGAAGAAAGAGAACAGCUGCUGCCAAACCUCCGUGCUGUAGGAUGGAACGAAGUGGAAGGCAGAGAUGCCAUUUACAAAGAAUUCCACUUCAAGGACUUCAAUCGGGCCUUUGGAUUUAUGACCAGAGUAGCUCUACAGGCAGAAAAACUGGACCACCACCCAGAAUGGUUUAAUGUUUACAACAAGGUUCACAUAACUUUAAGCACGCAUGACUGUGCUGGCUUAUCUGAACGGGAUAUCAACCUGGCCAGCUUCAUAGAGCAAGUUGCAAACACCUUAGUCUGAAGCAUCCAUGUGGUCUGAAUCCUCCUCCCCAUGCAUGUUCCCCCCACAAAAGUCACACUGAGAUCUUAAUCCAGCCGCAACAUUUAAUCCAGCCUCAAGAUGAAUAGCCGUCAGCUUUGCUUCUUGUAUGCUGAUUUUACACUGAAACAGAGUCACUGCUCUGCAACACCAUUCUCAAAAGUCAUGAUAUUCUUCACUUUUCAUCAACUGUUUUGUGACAAGAUGCAGCAUCUCAGUGUUGUUACUGUAUAGUUUUUAUUCAGGCAGUAUUAUAUCAGCACAGUCAAAGGCUACCUGUGACUCACUCAGGCAAACGUCAUAUAUAAAAAACUGGCUUGCAAUAUA